UAAGAAACAAGUAGAGCGAACUAUCCAAAUUUUCAUUUUCAAUGCGAUAUUUGCAACGAUGAGUGGCGUAGUAAAGACUAAACGUAACCUGAUGUGUGAACACUGAAAUUUGAAAGCGAUAAACGUAAUAUCUUAACAUUUGUUGGUGAAGUGCCACGUGUACAAUUUCAUCUUGGCGCCAACAAUUAUUAUCCGCCACACAACAGAAAGCGAACUGAAGCUGUUUCUCGUUGGAACUUGGAAGCAGUUAGUUGCGAAUUAGAAUGGCAGUGAAAGCUGUAAAUUUAGGGUUUCAGUUCCCCUCAUCAAGUCCUUCAAGCUUUGGUUCUUCUUCUCCAAAGCUCCGCAAAGAUCGGUUAGUGUUUCGGUCCUCAACAGUGGAGCAAGUCUCUUUUACAGAAUCUGAGAAUUCACUCAUCGAAGCUCUUCUCGGCAUCCAAGGACGUGGACGUUCUUCUUCUCCGAACCAGCUCAAUGCUGUUGAGCGAGCUGUGCAAGUUCUCGAACGUUUAGGUGGCGUGCCUGAUCCGACAAAAUCAAACUUAAUCGAGGGUCGAUGGCAGUUAAUUUUCACUACCAGACCGGGAACAGCAUCGCCAAUUCAGAGAACAUUUGUUGGGGUUGACUUCUUUAGUGUAUUUCAAGAGGUAUAUCUUCAAACAAAUGAUCCACGGGUGUGCAAUAUUGUGUCAUUUUCUGAUGCCAUUGGUGAGCUGAAAGUUGAGGCAGCAGCAUCAAUUCAAGAUGGAAAAAGAAUCCUUUUUAGGUUUGACAGAGCUGCAUUUUCUUUUAGAUUUCUGCCAUUUAAAGUUCCAUAUCCAGUUCCAUUUAGGCUACUUGGUGAUGAAGCAAAGGGUUGGUUAGACACCACCUAUUUGUCGCAUUCAGGAAACCUUCGUAUCUCAAGGGGAAAUAAGGGAACUACAUUUGUGUUGCAGAAGCAAACUGAACCUAGGCAGAGGUUACUGACAGCGGUUUCGUCAGGGAGGAAUGUCAAAGAGGCAAUAGAGGAAUUAGUUUCCCUAACGCGGAAUAAUGGUGAAAAGGAACCAGAACUAGAAGAAGGAGAGUGGCAGAUGGUAUGGAACUCACAGACUGUGACAGAUAGUUGGAUAGAGAAUGCUGCAAACGGUCUGAUGGGAAAGCAGAUCAUCGGGAAAAAUGGUCGAAUAAAGUUUGUGGUUGACAUCUUGCUUGGGCUUAAGUUCUCCAUGACUGGAAAUUUUGUGAAAACUGGCACCAAAAUGUAUGAUGUUACAAUGGACGAUGCAGCCAUAAUUGGUGGCCCAUUUGGAUAUCCCAUGCAGAUGGAGAACAAGUUCACCUUGGAGCUUCUGUAUAGUGAUGAGAAGAUCAGAAUCACCCGGGGAUACAAUGAAAUCCUGUUCGUUCAUACGCGUACCGAUGCAUCGAGGAUGAACUAACUCUGCCAAAUAUACAACACAAGGGCUUCCACUGCUUUUUUGUUUUGCUAAAUGGCCUUUUUGGUCUUACUUUUUAGUACUCUGCCUCUGCGGGGAAGUUUAUAGUUGGACUACUUAUCACUUGGAAAUUGAAUUUUAGGGGUAUUCACAGCUAUUCCUCUA